AUGUCACCAAGCGUCAUCAAUGGCUCGUCGUCCAAUGAUCCCCAUGUGAGGAAACGAGCUUUUGGGCUAGACAAUCCAGACCGAGUGGAAAGGAUCCUGGACCACGGACAGAGGCUAUGCUACCACGAUAACACCAAGGCUCGCAAGAUCCAGUUUCUAGGAGAUGUUCCCGACCUCGAGGAUUUCUUGUCAACCCUAGAGGACGAUCUGAAUAAUUCAAUGAAAAAAUACUUCUUGGAUAGCAACAGAUACUACGUCCAGAGGAGUGACUUCGAGCGGAUUCUUACACCGGAAAAGGUCCUCCAGGUAGUCAACAAGUUGCCAUGCUACAAAGCGAAAACACGUGAUGAAAGGCGUAAAUUGGCCGAAGAAAUAUGUUUCGGAAACAAAUCCAAACCACCGUGUAUCAAGGUCUUCGGCGCACUGCUUAUGAGCGAGCAGAUCCAGGACAUUGAAAUCCAUAGGGCAGACGAGCUGAAUGAUCACUGCCUUCCAUUGACAUUCAGCGAGGAGGGGUUCCGAUUGAGCUGCGAUCAACAUAAGGUGCACGCAGGGUUUAACAAAAAGCGCUCCUUAUUCCGAAAAGGAUUCAAUGACGCGGCUCGUGCCCUCGUGGCUCCAUACAUUAAAUGGGAGGAAGGGAAACACUUUCACUACGUCAUCCGUGACGGAAGCUGUUUGCCAAUCUACGAUCACAAGAAGAUCGAUAAAAACGAUGAAGGUGUACAAGCAGUCCUGGACGCCACAAACGGGGGGGCUAAUGGAGGGUACGGUGGAUUCAGUGAGGUAUAUCGGGUGAAAAUAUCGAAAUGUCACUACAAUCAUAGUGACACCAAGGGACGACACCAUAGGGGCUACUUUGCUCUGAAGAAGCUCACUCCCCGUUAUACUGAGCGUGAAAGCUUCAACCUAGAACUCUCGACACUGAUCUAUUCAGCCGAUCAGAAAGGGAACAAGGACCACUUGAUUAAACUCCUUGCCACAUUUGAAGAGCACAAUUCUGCACAAGGACAGGACCGACCCACUUACUACUUACUCUUCGACUGGGCAGAAGGAGAUUUGGCGAGAUAUUGGAAGGCGAACGAGAGAUUCAUUGGCGACCCCAAGCAUUGUGUCUGGAUGUCAGACCAAUUUUGCGGCCUUGCGGAGGGCCUGCAGAUAAUACACAACGACAGAGAGGAGAACUUGAAAUUCUUACCUGCAAAUGUUUCAGACCCGAACGUAUAUGGCAGACACGGCGACAUCAAGCCAGGUAAUAUCCUAUAUUUCGAAACAGGCAAAUCGGAAGCCCCGGAGCAGAGCUUGGUGUUAGCAGACUUUGGACUUGGGAGACUGCAGACCAAGUAUUCAAGGUCCAAACAGGAUCCACGAUCUUUAGCAAGAACAGAAACGUACCGCUCUCCUGAAUUCGAUCUACCUCCUCCCAAAGGCAUGGUAUCUCCAGCCUCUGACAUUUUCAGUCUUGGGUGUGUCUAUCUUGAAUAUAUCUCGUGGUAUAUUUUGGGCACUAAGGCUGUGCUGGAAGAUUUUACCAAUACGAGGAUGGCGCAUGAUAUCUACGGUUUCGAUGUGGAUAUCUUCUUCAACGUCACUACAGAACCCAAUGGGGAACAAGAUGCUGAAUUGAAGCCGUCGGUCAAAGAAUGGAUCCAGAAGCUGAAAAAGCAUCGCUUCUGCAAUGAUUAUAUCAAUCAGAUGCUGGAUGUUAUCCAGGACCAUAUGUUGGACCCGAAUCCAAAGACAAGAUGGAGGUCAAUGAAAUUAGUGAGAGAGCUGCGGGCCAUGAAAUUCGCAUGCCAGAGGGAGUCGAGCUUCUAUACCAAGAAUUCCAACUCUAGUAAGUCGUCACACGCCAACACCGCCCGGAAUGAUCACGCAACAAGGAGAAGCCUGGUAGUCUGA